CCCUCUACAAUAAAUAACACAAACCUCCCUCCUUUCCUCCCUCCCUAACAAUCACUUUUAUAAAAAGAGUGGGAAAUCACUCAACCCCUCAAAAUCAGAAAAAUUAAAAAAAAAUCAUAUUCUGACCCUUCAAGCUCCCAAAAAAAAAAGUCAUGAAAGAUAACAACAACAACAGUAACAAUAAUGAUGGGGGGUUUGUAAGAGCAGAUCAAAUAGAUCUAAAAACAUUAGAUGAACAACUUGAAAGACAUCUUAGUAGAGCAUGGACCAUGGAAAAAAACAAGAACAAAAAACAACAAGAAAAUCCUGAAUUUGAGGAAUCAGUCACGCCCGCCGUCACAGCUGGUGGUGGUGGUGGUACUAAGAAGAAAGAGCAGUCGCCGCCGCCGAGACAAGAAUGGGAGAUCGACCCAUCAAAGCUUUUGAUUAAAGGGAUAUUAGCCCGUGGUACUUUUGGUACUGUCCACCGUGGCAUUUAUGACACCAUUGAUGUUGCCGUGAAACUGCUGGACUGGGGAGAAGAGGGGCAUAGGACGGAAGCCGAAAUACAAUCUUUAAGAGCGGCUUUUACACAAGAAGUGGCGGUGUGGCAUAAGCUUGAACAUCCUAAUGUCACAAAGUUUAUUGGUGCAACAAUGGGUUCUUCAGAGCUUAAUGUGCAAACUGAAAACGGUCAAAUUGGCAUGCCAAGUAACAUUUGUUGUGUCGUUGUGGAAUAUCUUCCUGGGGGUGCUUUGAAGAAUUACCUUAUAAAAAACAGAAGAAAGAAACUGGCUUUUAAAGUUGUGGUCCAAAUGGCACUCGAUCUUGCAAGAGGAUUAAGCUACCUGCACACUGAAAAAAUCGUACACAGAGACGUAAAAACUGAAAAUAUGCUACUGGACAAAAAUAGGACUGUUAAAAUAGCUGAUUUUGGAGUUGCCCGCGUUGAAGCCUCUAACCCUAAUGACAUGACGGGUGAAACCGGAACUCUUGGAUAUAUGGCCCCUGAGGUUCUCAAUGGUAACCCUUACAAUAGGAAAUGUGACGUUUACAGUUUUGGCAUAUGUUUAUGGGAAAUAUAUUGUUGUGAUAUGCCAUAUCCCGAUCUUAGUUUCUCAGAAGUCACUUCAGCUGUCGUUCGCCAGAAUUUGAGGCCAGAAAUACCAAGAUGUUGCCCAAGCUCUCUUGCAAAUGUAAUGAAGCGAUGUUGGGAUGCAAAUCCUGACAAGCGGCCUGAGAUGGAUGAGGUGGUGAAAAUGUUGGAGGCCAUCGAUACAUCAAAAGGUGGAGGUAUGAUCCCGGGUGACCAACCUCGCAGCUGUCUCUGUUUCCGUAAGCGUCGAGGUCCAUGAAACUUCUACAAUAUAGCCCGUUUAUAGAAACUUAAGACGGAUAACAAAAUUUACUUGAAGUUGAAAAUUUGGAUCCUAAAAAACUAGGCAUAUAUUAGAUGUUGUGCCUCUGCUGCAUGUUUCUUUAUUUUCUUUUUUUUUGGAUCCUGUAAAGCUUUUAAAACAGUUUGUUGCAUCUUGUUAAAAUGGUGCUACACUACUAGUUAUUACUGUACUAAACUUGAUGCCAUGCUAAAUUUUUAUUGCAUGAGGUAUAUGUAUCCAUAGCAAUUUUUGCUGUGAAUUUUAUCA